CUAACGGUGGCGUCAUUGUUUCUACGCACGCCGAACCGUGCACCACGCGAGUGGCAGGUCACCAUCGUUUGUACCGAGAUACGGGCGUUAAAGUGUAUCGAAGCGAAGUUGUGCAUUUUGUGGAGGAACUGAGCGUACGCCUAGAGCUGUUUCCCAGUCAACUGGAAGGAUACUGUGUGUGAUUGACAUCCCUUGGGAGGAAUAAAUACAUCCCCAUUGGAGUUUGUGAAGAGUGUGUUUGCAAGGAGUUUUGUGUGACGCGUAUGUGAACGCUGAGUGGCAAAACACUGUUCCAAAAUUAGAAUCGUUUCCUGCACAACGUUCUAUUCACUUCAAAACGAUAAAACUUUCUUUAAAAACUUUCCUACGCAUCACAACACAACAACAACGGCCGGUGUCAUUGCAUAUUGGUUUUAGCGCGCUUGUUUGUGACCAGCUAAAAUCCCUCGAUCGCAGCAAAAACCUACCUGUGUCACCCUUGACAGAGGCAUUAAAAGACAAAAUAAAAGUUUAAGUUAAAUAGCUGAAUUCCGGGACUUCCACCGAAGGCACCGGCGCAAUCGUAGUCGUCGUGGCAUUGGCCGACGUUGACGAACUUCUGCUGACCGUUUGCUUCCAUAUUACGUUUUGAGCGGCAAUUGUUGGUUCCGGUAAAGAGGCGAACGAUUUCGAUCGUUGCUGUGAUCAAUAUUUCUUAUCAAAAGCCCUGCGACGAAACAUCCUUAACACCACCAUGGCCUCGACCAACAUAAGCGAGAGCAUUCCGUUCUACGACGUGUUCGGUUACUACGAAUGGACGUUAACGCUAGCAGAUCCCCGCACGAAAGGAUGGCCGAUGGUAGACUCCCCGAUUCCCACGCUGACCGGCGUCUGCAUAUACCUGUUCAUCGUAUGGAUUGGUCCAAAAUUAAUGCACGACCGAAAACCGUUCGAUCUCACCACCUUCCUGGUGCCUUACAAUUUGGCCAUGGCCCUGCUGAAUCUCUACAUCUGCCUGCAGCUUUUUAUCGGCUCCACCAUGCGUCGGUACAGCUACAUCUGUGAACCGUGCCGGCAGAGUUUUCAUCCAGCGGAGCUUCGUAUUGUGGAUGCCGUCUGGUGGUACUAUUUUUCCAAGGUGCUCGAGUUCUCCGACACUUUCUUCUUCAUUCUGCGUAAGAAGGACAAUCAGCUGACUUUCCUGCACGUCUACCACCACAGCACGAUGUUCUCCUUCUGGUGGAUCGGUGUGAAAUGGGUUCCGAGCGGAAGCACGUUCCUUCCGGCAAUGGUCAACUCUUUCAUACACGUGCUAAUGUAUACGUACUACGGUCUGGCUGCGGUAGGACCGCACAUGAACAAAUACCUCUGGUGGAAGAAAUACCUGACAAUCCUUCAGCUGAUUCAGUUCACCGUGGCCAUGAUGCUCGGCAUCAAUGGAAUCAUUACGGGAUGCGAGUUUCCGCUCUGGAUGCAUUACACACUGAUCGGCUACAUGAUCUCGUUCAUCCUGCUGUUCGGUAACUUUUACGCACAAGCCUACAUGCAGGGCAAGCCGAUCCAGCAGUUCGAAAUUAACUGCAUCGAUAUGGGGGCGAUAAAGAAAUCGGAGUAAGACAGGCAGCCUGCUUCGGUGCGUUCCCUGUCUCUGUAUCAUAUAGCUCAUAUCCAUACUGUUCCAGUUUUUUUAAACGGUUUUGCUGCUGCGUUUGUACAUUUUUUGCUCGUAAUGUAUCUUUCGUGAAAAGGGUGUAUUUUUAUCUCUAAUGCUUUCCGUUUCUGCUCAAAUUGAACUACUAUUGUUGUUAGGAAAUAAAGUAAAAAACGAUAUAGUAUUAAUGUAA